AUGCGACUGCACGGUGCGAAAAUUAAAAAUGGAGAGAAAUGGGAGUUUGCACUGUGCAAAGGGAAUGCGAUAAAAAGUAUGAGGUCUUCUGUGGGCAACAGCGACAAAUUGAAGCUGAAUUAUCUUGCACUGUGCGAAGAAUAGAAGGUCAAAAAUUGUGGAUUCUGCACGGUGCAGAGCGGUGAAAAAAAUCGAAAUCGGUAUUUUGAACCGUGAAAAAAUUUUUUUAAAUGUAUUUUUGAUUUCUUGCACAGUGCAGUCAUCUGAAAAAAUAAAAAUUUUUUGUUGCACCGUGCAAAAUCAAAAAAAUUUUUUUUUGCACUGUGCAAAAAAAAUUCAAAAUUUAUAAAGUCUCAAAAAACAUCAAAAAAUUUAAAAAAAAAAUUAAUGACUAAAAAAUAAUUUUUAAUCAAACUUUUUUUCAGGCUCCGCUCCAGUCUUGUGCUCCGCCAGAAGCCAGAGCUACGGGUUAAAGCCAUAAUCGGUGAGUAAUUUCCCGCAAAUUCUGCGAGUAAUCCUAAUGUUUUACCGCCCCUCCGUUUCGUGGAGGGUUUUUUGCCUCGGGGGAUUUUCGAAAUAACAGUAAUUAGCCGCUUUCAAGUGGCCCUACUUUACUUUUUCAGGGGGGCAAAUUUGGGUCGGAAAUAUUAUUUUCACACGCGAAUAGUUGUCACAUGCAACGGUUAUUGCUCAGUUAGGUUGGAUUUUCGGUAUUUUUGAGGAAAUUUCGCAAAUUUAUUUUUGGGAUUUUUUAAAAUUUUUUGAAAUUUUUUGAAAUUUUUUAAAAUUUUUUCGAAUUUUUUUCGGAGUAAAAUUUUUUAGCCUUUAUAUAGUCUUUUUGUAGUGCUCUGAUUGCAAUUUCAGCUCAAUUUUUUCAAAAAUUCAAAUUUCCCGCCAUUUUUGGCAUUCUGCAACAACCCUUAUUUUUGACCCCAGAACAUUGUAAAUCACAAAAAUAGCCUCUAAAAACGCUCCGGUGAAUUUUUAAACACAGUUUUCUCCAUUUUUAUUGCCAAAAUUAUGCUAUAUAUUUUUAUAUUAUCCAUGACAAAAAUUAAUAUUCUCCACACAAAAAUAUAUAUUCCAUUCCUCCGAUUUUUCAGAAAAAUUGUUGUACAUGUCGGGUAGAGACCAGCGGCGAGCAUUGUUCUCGUUGAAGCAGAUUUUCCAAGACGACAAGGACCUUGUUCAUGAGUUUGUCCAGAACGAAGGCCUGGAUUGUUUGAUAAAGUUGGGCCGGGAAUCCGAUCAAACGCAUCAAAAUCACAUUCUCAGAGGUGAGUGGGAUGAAUUUUGAAGAUUUUGAGGGUUUUUACUUUUUCAAAUUUUUUGCACUGUGCAGUCAAAAAAAAUUUUUUUUGAAUGCACGGUGCAGUUUUUUGACUGCACUGUGCAGUUUUCUAAUCGAACAGUGCAGUUUUUUUGAUUGCACAGUGCGUCUUUUUUCAUCGCACUGUGCAGUUUUUUGGUCGCACAGUGCAGAUUUCCCGGCUGCACAGUGCAGUUUAUUCUGAUCGCACUGUGCAGUUUUUUAAUUGCACUGUGCAAUGUUUUGACUUUUUUGAUUGCACAGUGCAGUUUGUUUGACUGCACCGUGCAGUUUUUCGGUCGCACUGUGCAGUUUUUCAUCGCACUGUGCGAUUUUUUCGAAUUUUUUUACCGCACAGUGCAGUUUGUUUGAUCGCUCAGUGCAGUUUUUUAAUUGCACUGUGGAGUCUUUUGACUUUUUUGACUGCACAGUGCAGUUUCUUGAUCGGACUGUGCGAUUUUUUCGAAUUUUUUGACUGCACAGUGCAGAUUUUUAAUCACACUGUGCAGUUUGUUUCACUGCACCGUGCAGUUUUUUGGUCGCACAGUGCAGAUUUCCCGGCUGCACAGUGCAGUUUAUUCUGAUCGCACUGUGCAGUGUUUUAAUUGCACUGUGCAUUCUUUUGACUUUUUUGAUUGCAGUGCAGUUUAUUUGACUGCACAGUGCAGUUUUUUAAUCGCACAGUGCGAUUUUUUCGAAUUUUUUGACUGCACAGUGCAGAUUUUUGUAUUUUCUUACUGCACUGUGCAGUCCAUUCAAAACUAAAAAAUUUGUCAUUACCAUGGAUUUUUUGGUAAAUUUAAAGGUUCACAAUCAACCUAUGUAUACAUAAUAUUCAAAUUUUUGGAUUCGAUAUUUUUAAAAUUUUUCAAAUUUUCAGCCCUGGGGCAACUAAUGUUGUAUGUGGAUGGAAUGAACGGAAUCAUUGCCCAUAAUGCGACAAUUUGUUGGUUAUAUGAGUUGUUGGAGUCACCGGUAAGUUCUCUAAAUUUCAGUCUCUAUUUUCGUCCAUGUCCAUUGUCCAAUGUUAUAUGUUGUUUUAGUUGUAUAUUGAGGAGGAAUUUAAAGAAAUGACCCAGCAUCGCCAAGAAUGGGUAAAUUGUGUGGCUCUGAGAGAGUUCUCCCGCCUCUUUGGACUAUUUUGUAAUUAACAGAAAAGCUUUUUUGGGAAAAAACGAGAUUUUUUAAAUUUCCGAUCGAAAUUUUUCGGCUGUCUCCGCAUAACGCGGUCCAAAAAAUUUAUUGUGGCCUUAUAAAGUUAUAAAAUUGAUUUUUUCAAUUUUUCUUCAAUUUUUUUCGAACGAGAUUUUUAAAAUUUAAAAAUGCAAUAAUUCAAAAAAUUCUGCAUAACGCGAUCUAAAAUUUUUCUAGAACUCGUAGAAUAUCCUAUUCUGCUUUUCAAAAAAUUUUUACAUCGAUAGCGGCAGUAAAAACUAGAUUUUUUGAUCUUUUUUCCAUCUAAUGUCUAGUGUAAUAUAAAAUAACCCGCUAAUUUUUCCUUGUGUACACCGCUAAUACACCACAAUAUGGAACGCUCGUAUUUUACCCCAAAAUGAGUGUUUUUCAAUUUUCAGUACCGCUUGGUGGUCAAAACAGCGCUGAAAUUGUUGCUGGUUUUUGUGGAAUACACGGAAUCCAAUGCAUUGCUGUUGAUCGCAGCGCUGAGCAAGGUCGAAAAGGCAAAAGGUAGGUGCUUUUCACAUCCAAUUGAAGGCUUUUUCUUAAUUUUUUGACCAUGUGUUUGCGCCUUGUUCAAAAUUUUGAGGACUCCAAAACUUCCAAAAAUUCCGUCAUCAUGACACAUUUAAAUAUUGGAAUUUCAAAAAAUUUGAAAAAAGAGAAUGGAUGAUAGCAAAUUUUUUGGCUUGCAUCAAAAAAUUCGGAGUGAAAGUUCACACUUUUCCAAAAAAUGUGUCAUCAUGACAUAUUUUAAUUAACCAAAAAUCUCAAAUUUUCGAUUUCAAAAUAUCUUCAUAAUAUCUCAUAUGGUCGAAAAAAAUUUUCCAGUUAGAAAUCAAAGCUUUUGCGAUUUUCAUGUCAUGAUGACGGAUUUUUUGGAAUUUUAUAAAAUUUUACAUUUAUUGACGAGGAAUCGUUUCAGGACGUCCGGAAUGGUCAUCCCUGAUGAAGAUCCUUUGCGACAAGAAAGCCAGCGACGUGGAGACGCUGAUUUUGGGAAUGACUGUUGUAAAUAAGACUUUGAAUGGAAUUCCCGACCAGGUACGUUAAUUUUCUCUUCAACUUCCAUGAAAAAAAACUUUUUUAUUCAUGAUGGAAGAAAAAAGAUCGAUUUUUGGAGAAAAUUCGUGAAAAGUAUCCAAAAGUAUCAAAAAGUAUCCAAAAGUACCAAAAAGUAUCAAAAAGUAUCCAAAAUUCAUACAUGUUUUUUGACGUCAACGAAUGUUUUAGGACACUUUCUUCGACGUAGUGGACUGUUUGGAGAACCUCGGCCUCGAGGAGGCCAUGAAACAGAUGUACAGUUUGAAGGAUCCCCAGCUCACUCAACAAGUCCAACAUUACGAGCAUGAGGUGAGAAAGGAAGACGCCGCCAUGCAGAGCGACGACAGUGAUCCACAAUUGGUCCGGAUGAGGUGAGUUCACCCAAAAUUACAUAGAUUUUAAGCCAAAAAUCCGAUUUUUAGAGGAAUUUCCAGAAAAUCCGUCAUCAUGACAUCUUUUUCGCCUAAAAAUUUUGGACUUUCAUGACGGAAAUGAGUUGUAAAGCACGUAAAACGAGUGUUAAAAAAUUGAUGUCCCUCAAAUUUAUACAACGACCGAUUUAUUCCGUCAUGAUGACGGAAUUUCUAGAAUUCUUCCAAAGGUUUAAUUUUGUCUCCAAAAUUCAAACUGUUGCCUUUCCAGAAAUGGAACCACCACCAAUUCUCAGCCCAGCACCGCUGCGGCGCACGCGAUGCAACGAGCCACCGAAAACAACCUUCAAAACGGGAACGAUCGACGCUCAAUGAUGCGCCGACGACAAAUGGAGGCCGAAGAGCUGCGACAACAACAAAUGGAGAAGAAAAACAGCUUCGAACGACAGCCGGAAGAGCCCUACAGCAAUGGAAUCCAAAAUGGAGUCAAUCAUCGGGUAAGACUUCAAAUUUCCCGCCACGUUUGGCAUUGUGUUUUAUCAUGGCUAAAAGCAAUAAAAAUUGAAAAAAGAGCCAGUCAGUAUGAUUUUCAAGCCCAUUUCUACAUUUUUAAGGAAUGGACAAAACCUUAAAAUUCAUAUUUUGAAUUUCCCGCGAUUUUUGGCAUUCCGUUUUAACGCUUGAAAUCUGUCCAAAAUGAUGAAAAUGUGACGUCAUUUGAAAAAAUCAGAUCAAUUGACUGAUAAAAAUCGAAAAUCCAAGGUGUUUUUCUAUUAUAUUCUCCUUUAAAUAUCAAAAAUUUAAUUUUCUGAAACCCCCCUAAAACCGAUCUAAACUUUUUAUUCCAGUUCGAUCUCCCCAAACAGCCUUCUUGGCGCUCCAAUCAAACGAAUGGCAUCGAAACCAACAACAACAUCACAUAUCCGCCCAAAGAUUACGAGGACGAAAAACUGAUACCGAGCAGUCCGAGGAUACCGCCGCCCCCGCCCCUACCCUCCACGAUGAUCAGCCCUGUGAGUAGUACGGGGACGAAUGACGAGAAAGAGAACAUCGAUGAUGAGAGGCAUCAGCCGAAGGCGCCGCCUCCGGCCAUCCCGGCGCAUAUUUUCUCGCCCACCGAGCACAAAACAAUGGAGUUCCCGGAGCCUUUGAAGGAGCCCGAGCCGGAGCCCGUGAAGCCGGUGUUAACGCAAAAGAAGGACGAUUCGGACGAUGAGACGGUGGCACAAGGAGGCUUUGCAGCGCUUUUGAAGGUAUGGUACAAAACAGUCACGUAAAAAAUAGCGAUACUAGCCUUAAACCACCGAAAAAUCCAACUUAAAAUCUCGAAUUUCCAGAAAAAGGCAGCAAAAAUGGAAUCCGGCUCCACAUUCCGCAAAGGAAUCCUCGAAACCAAACAGUCCGAAUCCGAGAUUCGUUGGAAGGAAGCGGCCGAAAAGGUGAAAAACAAGCCCAUGGUCUUCAACGACAUUGACUUCUCAGCGUUGGCCGAGUUCGAGCAAGACCCCUUGAUCCUUGUGCGACAAGCACAAGCUCAACAGGAGCGCAACUCGGGCACCCGCUCCAUGUACGGUGCAAUCCCACCACCUCCGCCACCCGGCGGCGGCGUUCCCCCGCCCCCACCUCUGUGGAAGCAGAACGGCAACAUGUCGAUGAGCAUGACCGAGGGCGCGAACAAGGGUGGAACGGUGCGAUUGCAUUGGAAGGCGGCGCAGUAUGACGCAUUCGCGUCGGUGCCGCAACUCCAGAACAAAGGCAACUUCUGGGAGAAGGUGGAGAAACCGCAGAUCGACGUCACCAACCUGACCAAGUUGUUCGAACAGAAGCAGAAGGAGUUGCCGACGAAGAAGGUGGGAGAGGUCAACAAGCCCCAAGUGCUGCAGGUCCUGUCCGUCAAACGGUCACAGGUGAGAAUUUCUAAUACUUAUUUUUAGAACAACCGAAGGGACCUCGCGAGGUCCUUCGAGGAUGAUAUCGGACGGCUAGGAUAAGGUUUAGCUGACAAGGAAGUAUUCCAAGUGCGACGCACGUCAAACUGAGGAGUUCUGUUACCGGAAUAGACUCUUCGCUAUCGGUUUUUUACACUUCGUCUAUUUCGCAGAGAAAGAGAGAAAAAAGACACGCAAAAGCGUACUCUCUCGCCCCAAAAAUUCCCCAUUUCUCCCUCGACAAAACGUUUUUUCGCGUCUUUUUUUGGCAAAUUGCCAAUCCAUUCACCGGACUGUUUUAGCUUAUCUCAGUUUGACGUGCCUCGCGAUAUAAGCUCCCUCUUACGCCUCCUGCUUUAGCGCAGAGGUAUGAGACGGGAUGGUGAGCGUGCGACUCAAUCCUGGUUCGAUUCCCUCUCUCAUCUUGCUCAGUCCGCAAUGCUGGGGUCAAUGCGCUAUCUGAAAGUUUGCUGAAAGUUAGCUGAAAAUGGUAGGGCGCAGCUCGGAAAACUGGUACGGGCGCAGCUCGCAUCUCGGGGGCAGUUCGGAAAACAACGUUUCGCAGCUCGCCGGAGCUAUGUUUCGGCUAGCUUUCGAGCUGCGCCCAAGACCCGAGCUGCGCCCGUGCAAGUUCUCCGAGCUGCGCCCUAUGAUUUUCAGCAAACUUUCAGAUAGCGCAUUGGCCCCUGGUUGAGGCGUCUGUCUAGUACCCCGGCUCAUGUAGCUGCGUAAAGGACUAAAAAACUAUAUCGGGUUCUGUAGCCAGCCCUGCCAGACUACAGUUUUGCCACCCAUGGGAGUUGCAGCUCUUGUCAAAAAUGCCUUACGCCAUGCCAUGAAAGCUUUACUCUUGCAGGCCAUCAACAUUGGUCUCACUAAACUCCCACCGAUCUCAACCAUCCCUCCGGCUAUCCGCAAGUUCGAUUCGGCCGUCUUGAACAAAGAUGCCAUCGAAAAGAUCCUACAAACUAUGAUGCCAACCGUCGAGGAGGUGGAACGAAUCCACGAAAAGCAAGCCGAACAUCCCGAUAUGCCGUUAGGACAGGCUGAACAAUUCAUGUUGUCCUUGAGCGAGAUCGACUGCCUAUUGGAGCGUCUGAGGCUGUGGAUGUUCAUGUUGGAUUACCCGACAAUGGAGGCGGAUGUUUCCGAGAGUUUGAACGAGUUGAAGAAUGCCAUGUUGGAGGUGGAGGAGAGCCAGACAUUCCGACAAGUCAUGGGGCUGUUGUUAACCAUCGGAAACGCCCUAAAUGGCACUGAAGUAAGCUUCGUAUUCUCGAUUCUGCAAUAUCGUCGUAUUUUAGAUUCAAGCGUUCCAGUUGGACUUUUUGUCGCGAGCGUCGGAAGUUAAGGACGCUGUUCACAAGUAUCCGUUGACCUACCACGCCGCGGAAUUGAUGUUAAAUCGGGUACCGGAGUCCUCAGACUUGCACAGCGAGUUUGGCGCUGUCUCGAGGUGUUCUAGAGUAAGUUGAGGGAGCUUCGUGAGCCUCCGCUUUGUCUUUGAUCUCUCGAAUACGUAUUAGGUCGUCCAGAAAGUUCGUCCGUUUUUUCAUUGCUUUGUUUUACAAGGAUUGUUUGUUCUUUGGCAAAUGGAAUAUAUUUAUUCGAUACAGUUUUUUCUCCUCUACAAACUGGCUGUAUCAAACAAGUAUAUACCCUUUGCCAAACAACAAACAAUCCUCGUAAAACAAAGCAAUAAAAAAACGAACGAACUUUCUGGACGACCUAAUAAUUUGUCAUCAACAAAAUUUCAGCUCGACUUCGACGCUGUUCACGACAACCUGAAGAAGAUGGAGCAGGAUUGCAAAGCUUGUUUCGACUACGUCGCCAAGAUCGCGAACAAGGACAACAGCUCGAGUAUGAAGACCAAGGUGACCGACUAUCUCAACGAAGUGGCGCAGCGAAUUCACAACCUAAAACGAGCGCAUCGUUACGCCUUCUUCAAGUGGAACUCCUUCCUGUUGUAUCUGGGCUACGGUCCGCAAGAAAUCAAGGACCUGAAGCCAAUGAAUGUCUUCAAAGUCAUCGCGGAAUUCGCCUUGGAAUACCGAACCAACCGCGACAAGAUUGUGCAGAUGCGGAAGAGGAUGCAAGAGAAACGAGAGCGGAACAAGACCCGAGGAAUGAUGAUCAACGCGGCGCAGAAACAACAACAACAAAGUGGGUUUGGCAUUGAGAGCAAACGAACGCAACCAGUAGAGGUCAGCGACAAGGAUGUAAGUGACACCAGCGACUAUAAUGAUGAACCUAAUCCAGGGGCAAAAAACAUGCCAUUUUGGAUCCGGGAAGUAUCAAAAAUGCAGCAAAAUACCUCGCUCUUCAAGUGAAAAGACCCUUUCCUUCAAAAAAGCAGUCUUUUCACUUGGAGAGUGAGGUAUUUUGCCGCAUUUUGAUACUUCCCGGAUGCAAAAUGGUACGAUUUUUGCCACUAGAUCAGGUCCACCACUCUACUACCUUACAACAAAUUUUUCGAGUCUGAUUUCAAAUUUUCAGCGCCAUCAACAAAUGCAGCGGUUCUUGGCCAACAGCACCAACGCCGAUGAGAACACGCUGCAGCGGCGGCGGAUUGGGCAGCCCACGCCGGAGCGGCAAAUCAUCGCCAACGAGGCGUUGAGAAAGUCGCCAGGAGAGGACAAUGAGGACGAGCUUUUGGAUGGAGUUGUGAGAACAGUCACUGCUCAGGCCGAAAGCCGCGAUCACAGUCGAAGACGGGCCAGGCAGUUCAACAGAAAGUCGUGUAAGUUUAGAUUGAAAAAUAAGCGAUACUAGUGGACACCAUUGGUACAAUUUGGAUGAAAUUUAGUACAAAUCAAGAUUAGAGCCUCUGAAUACAAUGUAGAAAAUUUCGAACCGCGUUGUACAGAAAUGGCUGUAAAAUGGCAAAUUGAAAUUCAAAAAGUCCCGUUUUGCAAGACCUUGUGUUUUGGAUUUGAUCUGAAUUUUUUAUAUUAGGUCGUACAGAAAGUUCGUUCGUUUUUUUAUUGCUUUGUUUUACGAGGAUUGUUUGUUGUUUGGCAAAGGGUAUAUAUUUAUUUGAUACGAACAAACAAUCCUUGUAAAACAAAGCAAUGAAAAAACGAACGAACUUUCUGGACGGCCUAAUAGUUAGAUCAAAAUGCAGAUUUCCCAAAGCUCAUUAGGUCGAUUUUCUUCAAACUUUCUUUUACCUACAGUGGGGGAUAUGAUCCAGUGGCAAAAAACGUACCAUUUUGCAUCCGGGAAGUAUCAAAAAUGUGGCAAAAUGUUCCCCUCUUCAAGUGAAAAAACGAAAAAACUUCAUUUUUAAGGGCCCUUUCCUUCACGAAAAGAGCGGGCGCGUUUUUGAAAUCGGAGUUUUUUCACUUGAAGAGGGAGGGAUUUUACCACAUUUUUGAUACAUCCCGGAUGCAAAAUGGAAAAAAAUGAAUGUCAUUUUCGAAAUCAGCACCCUCGAUUAUCCUACAGUGACGGACAUGACCCAUUGCCCAAAAACGCUCCAUUUUGCAUCCGGGAAGUAUCAAAAAUGUGGCAAAAUACCUCCCUCUCCAGGUGAAAAAACUCCGAUUUCCAAAGCGCGCCCACUCUUUUUGUCAGAGAAAGGGCGCGUAGUUCAAAACGGAGUGUUUUUUCACUUGGAUAUGGAGGCAUUUUGCCACAUUUUUGAUACUUCCCGGAUGCAAAAUGGAACGUUUUUGGGCAAUGGGUCAGGUCCCCCCCACUGUAGGUAAAAGAAAGUUUUUUUUCUACCACUCUACUCAACGCUUUCAGUACGUCGAACUCGCACCAUCCGCGCGGACAACUUGAUCGGCGCCGGCUCCGACAACGGAUAUUAA